AUGGAAUGGGACCAGGAGGCAAUGAAAGCUGAAGUUAUGGCCUAUGGUAAUGGGAUAUUGGUAAACUGGUCAGAAUUAGGACGGCGGUAUGGAAUUAAAAACACCAGUGGCAACUUAGCACAAAAUAGGCAAAUUGCUUUUGAAUGGCUGAAAUCAAAAGGAGUUGAUGUGGAGAGAUUUAAAAAAAGGCCAGCAGGAAAUGAUGCUGGAAAUAUCAGAAAAAGAUUAAAAUGGGGUGCAGGUGGUGAAAUCACAGUGCCAUGUCCUGAAACUAACAAAAGUGUACAAGAAAAAUUGAAGCAAAAGGUUUUGUCUGGUGAUAUUAAUGUUGGAGAGUUAAUUGUGCCAAGAAAAUAAGUAAUAUUAAAUUUAUUUUAUUAAGUUUCACUGGUAAUUAACUUUAAUUUGCAGUAAUUGAUAACUGCAUGCAGUGUUCCCAUUCUUAUAUUCAGUUAAAGUAAAUAAAUAUAUAUAAAAUAUUAUAAAAAAACUGAUCAUCAGUGUGGGCACUACAAUUAUUAAAGUUAGUACGUGAUAAAUUAUUCCAGUGAGUUAAUAAUAAUUAUUUCUUUUCUAGUAUAAGAAGCUAGUGCUCAAUGAUGAAGGUUCUGUCAAUAGGUCUGAAUUUUACGUGGAAGGAUGCAAAUGCUCCCUCACUGAAAUUCGAAAGAGAAAGCUGUCUGAACUGGAAAGAUUCAUGAGAUUGAAUGCUGAGAAGGAUGUAGCCAGCAUGAGUGAGGAAGAACGUUUUAAGAGAUUGACAAUGCUAAAUGAAACAAAGGAUGGAGAGUGUAAACCAGAAAUGAAAGGACAGCUGCAGGAAAUGGAAAGAAGACAGCACUUGAUGGUAUGGAAUGACCUCUCUACUGUGGCUAACCAUUCCAACAUGAUCUCAUCCCAAAAUUAGAGCUAUAUCUUAAUUGUAAAAGAGCUCUCAAAUAAAGGUAUUGCCUUAAUUUUAAUGAUGAUGAACGCUGAGCAAAUUCGGGACCAUAUCGCUGACACGUCUUUGGCAGGAGUGAAGGAAGCGAGCCAAAAUUGAAAACCGCCUCUAUACAGUUUAUACAGUACAAAUUUGCAUACAGAAUUUCUGUAGUUGGCUGGUCUACAAAAUCGAUUGCCCGGAAACUUUGAAAACUAUCAUUCAAAAGGUAGAUGUACUGACUAAUUAUGUGAAGGAAUUGAAGAACAUAAAACCUGAACUUACAGCAGUAUACAAGACCUCAAAUCAACUAAGAGAAUGCUACAAUAUAAGACCGAAAGCCAAGAAACUCUUAACUCCGAAAAUACAAAAUUGAAAGAACAAGUCAAAGAGCUGGAGAAGACGUUCUUCGAUAAAAUUGAUGAAGACUCUGAAAACCAAAUCAAGUGA